UGUGUAGUGUGUAAGCUCUUGACUCUUCAGGGCUCGGUGUUCACCCUAAGGCAGAAAGGAAGCCUACAUCUGCCAGGGCACCUGCCUUACUGUGUGUCUUUAAGCAAGCAAGUCAUUACGUUCCCUGGGCUCUUUCUGUAGAGCCCCGACUGGCGCUGAGUGCUCCAGCCACUGGAAACACAAGGGAAGGGGCGGUGUGUGGGACAGCCUCCACCCUCAAUAAAACCAAAUCACCUUAGUGUUUAGGGAGCACUGGGCCAGCAUUCUGUCAAAGGUUUUGUUUUUGAGACAGGCUCUGUCCAUGGGUGGAGGAGAUAGAGGCAUCAAGAAGUCAGUCCUGCACGGAAGGACACACACAUCUGCACGAGCGUCCCCCUGAGGCUCUGGAGGUUUAGGUUUAAGCUGGGGUGUCCUCAGGAGUAGUCAGCUACCCAGACACGCCCCCUUUGGCAGCUGCUGGGCAGUGAUUCCCACACUUGGGUUUCGAUUUCCUACAGCUCCUAAGCUGUAAUGUGGGUGGGGCAGUGGCUGUAUAUUUUACUUCCUCUUUCCAGAAACGCCCCCGUGAGCAGGGCAGCAGUCCUGGGACCUGAGCUAACUGCUCUCUUCCUCGGCCAUUCACAGCCUUUCUAGGGCCAGCUAGCAACUAUGGGAAAUUGGCUGGCUGGUGAGUCCUCUGGCGAGUCACCUGGCUGGUCACCUGGCCACUCAUCUGGUGGCUCCUCUGUCUGGUCACCUGGAUGGCCAUCUGGCGUGUCCUUGGUGCCAGCGCACAAGCUAGACGAGUAUAUCCAGGCAAACCUCAAACCCAACGAAGGAUGUCUGAGGCAGAUAGACCAGGCUGCGGAUGCCAUCUGUGCCUUCCUGCGAAGCAAUGGCAUCUCUGUGGAGGCAGUGGCGAAGGGUGGCUCCUAUGGCCGGAAAACAGUCCUAAGAGGCUUCUCCGAUGGUACCCUUGUUCUCUUCAUGGGUCACUUCCAGCAGUUCCAGGAUCAGAAGAAAAACCAGUAUAAACUCCUCGAUUUGAUUGAACAACUGCUGAAAAACCACGAGAAGUACAAGAAUUCAGUAAACCGUGGGGACACCCUUGAAGUAGCAGUGUCCAUACAAGGGCAGAAGAUGCUCUUGCAGCUGCUUCCAGCCUUCAAUCCUCUUUGCUUCGGUGAGAACCCCAGCUCCAGGGUCUAUCGGGACCUCAAAAAAGCCAUGGAUCAAGCCGGAGCCUCACCGGGGGAGUUCGCGGCCUGCUUCACCACACUGCAGCAGCAGUUCUUUGACAGAUGCCCCAGGAAGCUGAAGGACUUGAUCCUGUUGGUCAAGUACUGGUACCAAGAGUGCCAGCAGAAGUGGACGGCUCCUCCGCCCCUGUCACUGUUGUACGCACUGGAGCUCCUGACUGUGUAUGCCUGGGAGCAGGGCUGCCGGGAAGAAGACUUCGACGUCGCAGAAGGUGUCAGGACCGUGCUGCACCUCAUCAGGCAGUCGGCAAAGCUGUGUGUCUACUGGACGGACAACUACAACUUUGAGGAUGAGACGGUCAGGAACACCCUUUUACACCAGCUCAGGUCCCAAAGGCCGAUCAUCUUGGAUCCAACUGACCCAACCAAUAAUGUGGGCAGAGAGGAUGUGUUCUGGCAGCUGCUGACAGAGGAGGCUCAGGCCUGGCUGUCCUCUCCCAGCCUGAAUGUGUCGCCUGGGCCAUGUUGGAAUGUUCUGCCCGCGCCACUCUUCAUCACACCAAGCCACUUACUAGACAAGUUCAUCGGAGACUUCCUCCAGCCUAACAAGGUCUUCCUAGAGCAGAUCAAAAGAGCCGUGGACAUCAUCUGUUCAUUCCUGAAAGAACACUGCUUCCGGUACUCAAGCACCAACGUCCUGAAGGUUAUCAAGGGAGGAUCCAGUGCCAAAGGCACAGCUCUGAAGAAUGGCUCAGACGCCGACAUCGUUGUGUUCCUCAGUUCGCUGAACAGUUACCGCUCCCAAAAAACCGAGCGUUCCCUGUUCGUCCAGGAGAUCCGGAAGCAGUUAGAAGCCUGCCAGCAGGCCUAUGAGUGGGAGGUGGAGUUCGAGAUCUCCAAGUGGGAGGCCCCCAGGGUGCUGAGCUUCACCUUGAAAUCCAAGCAUCUCAACGAAAGCGUCGACUUUGACGUCCUUCCUGCCUAUGACGCGCUGGGGCAACUGCGUUCCGGCUUCACCUCCAGGCCCAAAGCCUACAAGGAGCUUAUUGAACUGUGUGCAUCACCCAGCUUCGUCGGAGGCGAGUUUUCAACCUGCUUUACGGAGCUACAGCGAAACUUCAUUGAACCUCGGCCCACCAAACUCAAGAGUCUUCUCCGCCUGGUCAAGCACUGGUACAAACAGUGUGAAAGGAAAAUGAAGGCAAAACCGUCUUUGCCCCCAAAGUAUGCCCUGGAGCUGCUCACUGUGUAUGCCUGGGAGCAGGGCAGUGGCAUGAAUGACUUUGACACUGCUGAAGGCUUCCGGACCGUCCUGGACCUGGUCAUAAAGUACCAGCAGCUCUGCAUCUUCUGGACAGUCAACUACGACUUCCAAGACGAGCCGAUGAGGACAUUCCUCCUGACCCAGAUCCAGAAAAAGAGGGUCUUGUUCAUUCCCAGCAAGAACCUGAGGGAGAGGCUGCCCCGAAGAGUGAAGAGUGACGUUCCAGGGAGAAACUCAACCUCGGGAGUGGGAGUGGUUUGCCAAAUGCAGGGUGGGGGGAUGCAGAACCAGGGGUCAGGCAGAGAGUGCCCACCCUGCUUUCACUGUUCUGUCACGUGGAAAUGUGUGUGUGCCAGCCAGUCUGAGAGGGCUGCGAGAUGGCGGGGUAUCCCUGAGAAACAGCACUGCCAUUCCCAGCCCCAGCCAAGCCCCACACCCACGGCACACAAGCAGGUGCCCACCGCAGCACGUCAAAGGACCACUUUGCAGAGUCAGUUCUUUCCUCCCACUGUCCUAUCCAACAGGAUUGAACUCAGGUCACCAGACUUGGCAACAGACUUUUAUACACUUUAUUUAGCCCCAGCCAUUAGCAUCUCCUCAGAUCUGGUUUUAUCUUUCGGAACCAAAAGAAUAAGAAAGAAAAUGGGCAGGACAGUACCUGCCACAGCCCCAGCAUUUUGGAGGCUGAAAGCUGAAAAUAUUUUGAGGUUUUUGUUUUGUUUGGGGGGUGGUUGUUGUUUUGAGACAGGGUCUCUUCAUAUAGCCUCGCUGCCCUGGAACUCACUCUGUAGGCCAGGAUGAUCUCCGACUCACAGAGAAGUGCUGGGAUUAAAGGCGUUUGCCACCACACCCAGCCAGGAGCAUCUUAAAUUAGAGGAUAGGCUUGUCUAUCCUUGUGUAGCAAGUUCUUGUCUCAAAAAUAAUUAUUUCAGUAAGGGAGGGGGUCCUUACAGUGCACGCUUAAUACCGUUGAGCAGGAAACGAAAGAAAGGAAAAGGAGAGAGAGACUAAAAGAGCAAAGGGAAGAAACAGGAGCAUUAAGAACAGGAACACCGCACGCACGCACACUCCAGCCCCAUCUCCCCACCCCCACCCCACAAGCACUGACCUACUUAGUAACCCUGCACUAUCUGCCAUCUUAGAGUUGGGUGAGGGUCUCUUGAAAGAGGUCACCACUGCACACUUUGCUGAGCACAGCAAUUAACAGCUCAGGGGUUUUGUUGUUGUUCUUCAAACAUAACAAUUCUAGGAAGUUACUUUGACUCUUAAGUAAAUUCCAAUUGCUUGAUCCCGACUGUCAGGAUACAUUGUGUCCUGACAAAUGGGACCAGCCCCAAAAGCUGAGGCCAGAGGUCUCGGCAACAACACUUUCACAUCUUCUGACCUCUCUUUAGGCCUGUGAUCUUGGAUCCCGCAGAUCCCACAGGAGACGUGGGAGGAGGUGACCGCUGGAGUUGGCA